AUGGUAUGCCUUGCAACCCAUAGGAUUGACCGUUACUUAUUUCCGGUGCUGACUCUACUCGAGACCAAGGUAGCCAGUUUGGGCCGGAAAGAUGGUUGUUUGGACAUCACCUCACCAGAGAAUCCUUUGUGGCAUCUAUCGAGCAAGGCUGCGUCGUAUGCUGCAAAUUCGCAUAUUUACCACGUCUACGAUAUGAUUCCGCAUAAAGGCCUGGAUGAAAACUUGAACUUUGAAUUAGGGGCAUCUACUGGCGACCAGACAACGUGGGUGUUAAUUGAGCGGUGGCUGAAUCGAUGUCUUCAAGGACAUCCGACUUGCGAUUACCAACAUGAUGAGGCAAAGUUUAUCCCAAGCCGGCUAUUAGAGCUACAUACAAUCAGUUCUGAGAAGAAAAUGUUCCGUGUUCCACUGCUGGGGCUCACACCAUCUAACCCCAAUUUGAUCUUGUUGAAAGACACAUUCCAGAGUCUCGGAGAGUACCAGCCACUCUCUGUCCUUCCAAAAACAUUCAGAGACGCUUUCACCAUUAUCGAACGGUUGAGAAUCCGUUACAUAUGGAUUGAUCGUCUCUGUAUACUCCAGGAUUCUGCUGAGGACUGGCAAAGAGAAUCCGCAGCUAUGGGGCAAGUUUACAGGAAUGCUUUUCUGGGGAUAUCUGCAUUGAGCUCUAGCAACGAUGCUGGUGGCUGUUUUUUCUCGCGCGACUCUGCAAAAGUUGCCCCUAGCAUCGUCAACAUACGCGUCGAUGAUUCGAGUGAUCCUAAGCCAUUCAGGUUUCGCGGAGAAAAAGGAUGGCCUUUGCCACGAAAAUUUAAGCAAGAACCUCUGCCAAAGCGAGGUUGGAUUUUGCAGGAACGCCUUUUAUGCCCACGUGUUCUGCACUUCGGUCGGGAACAAGUUUUCUGGGAAUGCAGGGAAUGUACCUGCUGUGAAACACAACCGAACAAUGCUUACGAGCAUGAUUAUCAUCCUCGCAGAGCCAAUAUCGAUACUAAUAGAGGGUAUCAUGACGAAACAUCGUUAUCACAGCCGGUUUUCCAAUAUAACCACUUCUGGAAACAGCUUCUUGAUGCUCCAAGGCUAAGGUACAGUAUUGAUCCCAGAGACCCGAUGUACGAAGAGUGGUACGCAAACAUGAUUGUUUUCUCGACUUGCCAACUUACAGCUCCCUCGGACAAGCUUGUGGCCAUUUCUGGCUUGGCAAAGGAUGUUCUGAAGCGCCUCGAGAAUCUUGGUUAUGACAAAGACGUUUAUCUUGCUGGGCUUUGGCGGCAGAAUCUACCCGGCUGUUUGACUUGGAAUAUCUUAAAACCCUGUCGCAGACCUCCUUUGUAUCGCGCCCCUUCCUGGUCGUGGGCUUCUGUGGAUGGUGCCGUUAAGUUUCCAGACACAGAUCCUGUCCAGAGGAAAACUGCUUGGUCUUUAGCACUUGUCAUCGGCGCUGAAUGUAUUCCUUGCGGAGAAGAUGAGACUGGUCAAGUGAGCAGUGGCACUGUCACCUUGAAAGGACCCAUCGCGUCUGCAAAGCUCAUUCCAAGUGCUUCGAAUUUUGAAGACACUGCCAUGUCUGUACAGAGCCUUGAGGCCCUUGAAGUGGAAGGUCAUAAGGCUACGGUGAAAUAUCCGCCAGAUUUGUCCAAGGUGAUAUUUGAUGUCAAAAGCGAAAUGCGCGCCGAGAUCUACUGCCUGCCAAUCGAAACUUAUCAUAUGAUCAGUAACUUUUGGAGGUUAUCUGGCUUGGCAUUAAUUCGGACUGGGAGAGGCACGUACUCUCGAGUUGGCUACGUUGGAAUGUUGCACGAGAGUGAGGCGGCUGCGAAGAAUUUUUUCUCUGGGUUUCCGGAGUAUACUUGCGUCCUCGAGUGA